UAAUAAUAAUAAUAAUAAUAUAUCUGUAUCGUGGGUUCUAUCUCACUGGAGCACUACGCUGCUAUGCUAUGGAAGUCCAAAGCAUUAUGGUUCAGUGAAUAGCAAUGGAUCUCUGGUUAUUUAUGGAAGUGAAAAUUAUCAACUAGAUUCAUCAUCAGUUACAGCAUCAGUUUAUGAUAGGAAUGUACUCUGCAACACGUCAGACUUUACUAUUAAAUUAUUACCACUCUAUUCUUUUUCUGGUCUUCGUGUUGAAUAUCCAGUACAAAAAUCGAAUAAUUUUAUUAUCAAAUUUGCAGGAGAUCCUUUCGUCUUGUGCUUAAGUGCAAACACCAAGGGUCUUUCCACUAAUAAUCGAUCAACAUAUUGGAUUAGAUCAAGGGAUGAGCAGAAAAUAUAUCACGAAUCACUAAGUAUCACAAACUGUACAAACUGCUCUUGUUUCAUCAAUGAGCUGAAGAUGACAAAAGGAGAAAAGAGGAUUCAAUCCUUUCUUGCAUUAUAUAGAACUGAUCCUUGUUAUGUAGUACCUAACAAGUUAAUCAGUAUAUUAUAUAUAUCUACGACACAGUCAACAGAUAACAAUAGUGAAUUUUCAUUUCGCUAUACUAACAUGCAUGGAUUUAGACUGCCUUUAGCAAGUGAAGGACAUUUGUUCACAUUAUCUGUUAGAGGUUAUCUAAUGAUUGAUCCAUUGAUUAGUGUAUCACCAGUAAAUCUUACUUUAUCAUAUGAAGAUACCAAUGGCUCUGUAUUGUGUAAUGGAACCACUAGUGUUGGAGAGAUAUUGGAAUGGAAGAGUGCUGAUGAUAUCGAAACAGUGAAAUGGUGUGUGACUAAUGAGUCUUGCAAUUGUAAAGGAAAUGAAUCUGGUACUUAUCAAACGUUAAUUAACAAGCAAAUCAUCCCACUGUCAUCAAGUAACAGUUCAAGUGUACUUCAUACAUUAGUUAAAUUAAUCAUUUGCAAAUCAACAGCUAAUUACGCUUUUAAAAGAUAUUACUGUACUGUCCUAAAUGGAUCUACUCAUGAAUCAGUACUGGUAUCAUAUACUGAUAGACCUACUGAAGAAACUCCCUCCUCCUCUUUGCCCCCAAACCAGCCAACCAGUACUACUGUCCUGUAUGUUUUAUUAACUGUCAGUAUACUACUAUCACUCCUGACAUUGUUUAUCUGUAUUGUCAUUGUCUGCAUCUUCUGCUUAAAAAAGAGGACAAAACAAGAAGAAAUGGUCCAAGUGUUACGUGGUAGAGUUAGUCUCUGUUCACCAACCCUGUACAUGAAGCAGCAAUCAAUAUUGCAUGCUGAUCCCUUGGAGUUUCCUAGAGAAAUGCUUCAUUUUCAAAAUACUAUUGGUGAAGGCCAGUUUGGUCAAGUGUGGAAAGCUCAGGCAGUUGGUAUAGUACCCGAAGAUCCUUCACUGAAUAUUGUUGCUGUUAAAACAUUAAAAGGUGAUGCUGAUUUUAUUGAUAAAGAGGAAUUAUUGGCAGAACUUGAAAUCAUGAAGAACUUGUAUCCACAUCCAAACAUACUCAAUCUACUUGGAUAUUGCACUGUUGGUGGCCCUUGCUAUAUAAUAAUGGAAUUUGCAAUGUAUGGGAACUUAAGAGACUUUCUACGUUCUUUAAAGAAUGUUCACUCAUCUUCUCAAGCCAUCUUUGCUCCUUUUCAGUCAUCAAGUAAUCAUCCCAUGGCUUUAAAUGAAGGACAAACUGUUGAUCCAUGGUCACUGUACAAUAACAUACCAAUCCAUUAUAAUACAGUACUGAAACAACAUUUGAUCAAUACAGAUUACUACAACCAACACAAUAAUGGAAUUGAAGAUACUCAAUUGAUCAAUGCUGAUACUCAAAUGAUCAAUGCUGAUACUCAAAUAGUCAACGCUGAUACUCAAAUGAUCGAUGUUGAUACUCAAAUGAUUCAUGUUGAUACUCAAAUGUCUAAUACUGAUAUUGAAAUGAUUGAUGCUGAUACUCACAUGAUAAAUCACCCUUUGUUAACGGAGAAGGAUAUUUUUAAUUUCUCUUUGCAAAUAUCACGAGGAAUGGAACAUUUACAAUCUCAAAAAUGCAUUCACAGAGAUCUUGCAGCUAGGAAUGUGCUAAUAGCUGAAGGACAGAUACUGAAAAUAGCUGAUUUUGGGCUAGCAAAAGAAUUGUCAAGCAAAGAUUACUACAGAAGACUAUCAUCAGGCAAACUACCAGCAAGAUGGAUGGCUGUAGAGUCAUUAGAUGAUAGACAAACACAUUCACACCAAUCUGACAUAUGGUCAUUUGGUGUUGUGCUAUGGGAAAUAUGCAGCUAUGGCGACACACCUUAUAAAGAUCACGGAAUUGGGAAUACUUUGGAGUCACUUUUACUAUUUAUUAAAAAUGGAGAUAGACUGAAGAGACCGGAAAACUGCAGCACAGACAUGUAUCAGUUAAUGCUUCAGUGCUGGAAUGAUGACCCAAAAUUACGUCCAAAUUUUAAUGAAUUAGUACACAAAUUUGAUAAACUCCUCUCAUUAGCACAUGGAUAUCUACAAAUGACAAGUGAAAACUGAGAAACAACCAAUCAAUCUUUAAAAUAAUUAUUAUAAAAAUUUUAGCGGUAUGAUCUACUGCGCAUGCGUGAAUAUGAAGAACUCCAUUCCGUAUAUCGAGUCCUAUAUAAUUCUAAUUGUACGGAUUAUUUCUUGUGAAAUUUUGAAACACUAAA